GUUUGGGGAGCUGUCUUCACACAAAUUCGCAGCGCCACCUACAUAACCCGGUGGUGUUGGUUUAUUAUUAAUUAUAAUUAUUUAAAAAAUGUUUAAUAGAACAAACUUAGUCUCGCAAUAUAAAGCCUUCGCUAGGUCCCUCAAGGGGGCACAGAAAAUUAAACCCAAGUAUGGGGCCACAACAGUUGAAAAACUCGACAAUUCUAGUGCGCCCCCUUCAUCAACCCCCACCUACUUCGAAAAAAACAAAGGGCUUGUAGCUAGGUCCCACUUGAUUAAAACAUGGACCACGACAAUUUCCUCAAUUCAGGACAAGUUUAUUAACAAGAGGAACGUAUUUUGGGCUUCCAGUGGUGUGGCAGCGUCGUCAGUGGUCGUAGAGCCGAUCCCUGAGCCCCCACCGGUGCCCCCCGAAGCCGCAGAGACAGUUUCGGAAAUAGUCAGUCAAGUGAAUGCGUUAGGUGAGCCCACUUUUGCCUCCUUGGGGCUGGGGGGCAAGACACCGGUCGGGAUCGCACAGACGUGCUUCGAGUACCUCCAUAUAAAUCUGGGGGUGCCGUGGUGGGAGGCAAUAGUCAUAGGAACGCUAGUUAUUCGCAUUUGUUUGUUUCCUUUGGUUAUAAUAGCGCAGAGAAAUGCGGCUAAAAUGAACAAUUACAUGCCACAGCUGCAGGCAAUUCAGCUGAAGAUGACCGAAGCUAGACAGUCAGGGAAUCAGUUGGAGGUGGCGAGAUAUUCGCAAGAGUUGAUGAUUUUUAUGAAGGAGAAACAGUUGAAUCCGCUUAAAAAUAUGAUAGUGCCUCUAGCACAGAUGCCCGUUUUCGUGUCAUUUUUCAUGGCUUUGAGGGAGAUGUCCAAUGUCCCGAUUGAGAGCUUGAGGACAGGGGGGCUGUGGUGGUUUACUGAUUUGACAGUUCCUGAUCAGUAUUUUUUGAUGCCUCUGAUCACAAGUGCCACACUUUUUGCCACAAUUGAGUUGGGUACAGAUACAGCGAAACUGUCAUCACAGAAUUUGCAAACGAUGAAAUACGUGUUGAGGGCCGUUCCUGUAAUUGUCCUUCCCUUCACAAUUAAUUUUCCGGGGGCUAUUUUGUGCUAUUGGGUGUCUUCGAAUUUUAUUUCGUUGCUCCAAGUUGGAUUUUUGAAAAUUCCAAAAGUGAGGAAUUUUUUCAAAAUUGAGCCAAUGGUCACGCAUAAGAAUUUGCCAAUGAAGCCCAAAGGGUUCACGGAGGGCUUGAAGGAUUCGUGGACUAACUUAAAAAUCACACGCGAAUUGGAGGAACGUCAAAGAAUAGACGAAAUGCAAUUUCAAAAAGCUGGACGUGGCCCCAUUGUCAAGACUUACAAAUACGACCCAACAAAACAGACUUCAUCGGCGAUUAGUGCCAAAAAACGGUAAAAUUUGUUACGGAUUUAGGUAAACAAAUAAAUAAUUUAGUUUUAUGAA